GAAGUGGAGGAGGAGAGAGAAGAACUGAGUGAAGUGAAGGAGGAGAGAGAAGAACUGAGUGAAGUGAAGGAGGAGAGAGAAGAACUGAGUGAAGUGGAGGAGGAGAGAGAAGAACUGAGUGAAGUGGAGGAGGAGAGUGAAGAACUGAGUGAAGUGAAGGAGGAGAGAGAAGAACUGAGUGAAGUGGAGGAGGAGAGAGAAGAACUGAGUGAAGUGGAGGAGGAGAGAGAAGAACUGAGUGAAGUGGAGGAGGAGAGAGAAGAACUGAGUGAAGUGAAGGAGGAGAGUGAAGAACUGAGUGAAGUGAAGGAGGAGAGAGAAGAACUGAGUGAAGUGAAGGAGGAGAGUGAAGAACUGAGUGAAGUGAAGGAGGAGAGAGAAGAACUGAGUGAAGUGAAGGAGGAGAGAGAAGAACUGAGUGAAGUGAAGGAGGAGAGAGAAGAGCUGAGUGAAGUGAAGGAGGAGAGUGAAGAACUGAGUGAAGUGAAGGAGGAGAGAGAAGAACUGAGUGAAGUGGAGGAGGAGAGAGAAGAACUGAGUGAAGUGGAGGUGGACAAUCAUGUCCAACCUGGAGGAAAACCCUUGAGUCGCUCAAAGACUAAACAGACAUUUUUAAAGAAAAGAAGAGCCAAGAAAUCUUUCACCUGCACUCAGUGUGGAAAGAGUCUCAACACCAAACAACAUCUUGAUGUUCACAUGAGAGUUCACACCGGAAAGAAGCCGUUCUCAUGUGAUCAGUGUGGGAAGAGUUUCAGUCAAUCAUCAAACCUUAAUGUUCACAUGAGGAUCCACACUGGAGAGAAGCCGUUCUCAUGUGAUCAGUGUGGGAAGAGUUUCAGUCAAUCAUCAUCCCUUAAUGGUCACAUGAGGAUCCACACCGGAGAGAAGACGUUCACAUGUGAUCAGUGCGGGAAAACAUUUAUCUGUGCAUCAGACCUGACGAAACACCUGAGAGUUCAUACGAAGGAGAAGCCGCAUUCAUGUUCUGUGUGUGGAAAGAGUUUUGUACUGCUGCACACUUUACAUGGUCAUGAGAAAAUACACACUGGUGUGAGAGAGUACAUGUGCUUUGAGUGUGAGAAGACUUUUACUACAGCAAAGGAUUUAAAACUGCACCAGAGGAUUCACACUGGAGAAAAACCUUACAAGUGUUCACACUGCGACAAGAGAUUCAGUCGAUCAGGACAUCUGAGAUCACAUGAGAGGAUCCACACUGGAGAAAAACCUUACAAGUGUUCACACUGUGACAAGAGAUUCAGUCGAUCAGAAAAUCUGAAAACACAUGAGAGGAUCCACACUGGAGAAAAACCUUACAAGUGUUCACACUGUGACAAGAGAUUCAGUGAGUCAUCAUCUCUGAAAAUACAUGAGAGGAUCCACACUGGAGAAAAACCAUACAAGUGUUCACACUGUGACAAGAGAUUCAGUGUUUCAUCACAUCUGAAAAGACAUGAGAGGAUCCACACUGGAGAAAAACCUUACAAGUGUUCACACUGUGACAAGAGAUACAGUGUUUCAUCACAUCUGAAAACACAUGAGAUGAUCCACACUGGAGAGAAGCCGCACAUCUGUGAUCAGUGUGGAAAGAGUUUCUCUAUUAAAAGUCACCUGAAGCGACACAUGAAGAUCCAUGCAGUGGAGAAACCACAUCACCACAGUCUGAGAUCACGCUGGCGCUUUGAAUCGUGUUUCGCCUAUCGCUUCAUUCGCGCGUGUGUUUGUCCAUGCAGGAGUGAGAGAGAAGGACUUCCGGUGUGUUUUUGCUCAUUUCGCCUCGUACUACUCUUCUUUAAAGACCCGAUGGAAGAGAGCGAGGAGAGAGAAGAACUGAGUGAAGUGAAGGAGGAGAGAGAAGAACUGAGUGAAGUGGAGGAGGAGAGAGAAGAACUGAGUGAAGAGGAGGAGGAGAGAGAAGAACCGAGUGAAGUGAAGGAGGAGAGAGAAGAACUGAGUGAAGAGGAGGAGGAGAGAGAAGAACUGAGUGAAGUGGAGGAGGAGAGAGAAGAACUGAGUGAAGUGGAGGAGGAGAGAGAAGAACUGAGUGAAGAGGAGGAGGAGAGAGAAGAACUGAGUGAAGUGGAGGAGGAGAGAGAAGAACCGAGUGAAGUGAAGGAGGAGAGAGAAGAACUGAGUGAAGAGGAGGAGGAGAGAGAAGAACUGAGUGAAGUUGAGGAGGAGAGAGAAGAACUGAGUGAAGUGGAGGAGGAGAGAGAAGAACUGAGUGAAGUGAAGGAGGAGAGUGAAGAACUGAGUGAAGUGAAGGAGGAGAGAGAAGAACUGAGUGAAGUGAAGGAGGAGAGUGAAGAACUGAGUGAAGUGGAGGAGGAACAUCAUGUCCAACCUGGAGGAAAACAUUUGAGUCGCUCAAAGACUAAAAAUACUUUUUUAAAGAAAAGACGAGCCAAGAAAUCUUUCACCUGCACUCAGUGUGGAAAGACUCUCACAAGCAAACGUCAUCUUGAGAUUCACAUGAGGAUCCACACCGGAGAGAAGCCGUUCUCAUGUGAUCAGUGUGGGAAGAGUUUCAGUCAAUCAUCAUCCCUUAAUAUUCACAUGAGGAUCCACACCGGAGAGAAGCCGUUCUCAUGUGAUCAAUGCGGCAAAACAUUUCUUACUGCAUCAGACCUGAAGAGACACCUGACAGUUCAUACGAAGGAGAAGCCGUAUUCAUGUUCUGUGUGUGGAAAGAGUUUUUCACAGCGGCAACAUUUACAUAGGCAUCAGAAAACUCAUACUGGUUUGAGGGAGUACAUGUGCUUUGAGUGUGAGAAGACUUUUACUACAGCGGACGGUUUAAAACUGCACCAGAGAAUUCACACUGGAGAAAAACCUUACAAGUGUUCACACUGUGACAAGAGAUUCAGUCUGUCAGCAGAUCUAAAAACACAUGAGAGGAUCCACACUGGAGAAAAACCUUACAAGUGUUCACACUGUGACGAGAGAUUCAGUCUGUCAUCAUCUCUGAAAAGACAUGAGAGGAUCCACACUGGAGAAAAACCUUACAAGUGUUCACACUGUGACAAGAGAUUCAAUGUGUCAUCAUCUCUGAAAACACAUGAGAGGAUCCACACUGGAGAAAAACCUUACAAGUGUUCACACUGUGACAAGAGAUUCAGUGAUUCAUCAUCUCUGAGAUCACAUGAGAGGAUCCACACUGGAGAGAAGCCGCACAUCUGUGAUCAGUGUGGAAAGAGUUUCUCUAUUAAAAGUCACCUGAAGCGACACAUGAAGAUCCACACAGUGGAGAAACCACAUCACCACAGUCUGAGAUCACGGUAAGUAGUUCAUCUUUAUGUGCUGAGAAACAAAAGCUGCUUUUCCACCUUCAGAAAAGGUUCCAGUUGUGUUUCCACUUGAGCCUGGUACGGCACGGCACAUUUACAAACCGUUCUCGGCCCUGAACUCUCAGCACACUUGGCUA